AUGAAGGUUGAACUUAGACCAAGCAAACAAGGAGGCUUAUACAGUCUGAAUCUUGGGUAGAACAAUGGUCCAUAUCUGCCAAAGGACAUCAUGCUCACCAAUUAAAAAUCUCUAAAGCUCCUCCAAGGAGAUGAAGUCAGCAAAUCAGUAUCUCAAGUGCUCACAAGAGCUGGAAUGGGGUAACUUUAUGAGCCUCCAGAUAUCUAUGAUGAGAAAUCGAAAUAAUUUGUUAAUUUGGAUGAAAAGUACAAAACCAGAAUGAGUGCAAGUGACAAUGUGGCUGCUAUGAGUACAUUAUACACAACAUCAAUCAAACAAUUGCAAGACUCUUUGUAGGAAUACAAAGAGCUAAUUAAAAAAACUGAGGAAGAACUCAAAAACAUGAAUGAAAAAAUUAAUAAUGACAAUAUUACUAAUAUACGGGAAUUAUAACCUAUGCUUAAGAGUUUUCAUAGCAAAUUAAAGGAGAGACUUCACGAUGAGAAGAAUGAGAAUUAUAAAUUGAUGAGAGAAAUUGAAGGAUUGAAUAGAGAUAAAUUAUAAAUUCAAUAAUCCAUUCUAUUUUCACAUAAAAGAAUCAUGGAAUUAGAAAAAUUGGUUGGCAUUCAGCAUAAAACGGAUUCCCUAUUUGCUUAAAAGAUUUAGGAAGAAGAUGCAAACGAAAACGAAAACGAAGACGAACUAGACAACUCUCAAAAGGAUCAAGACUCUCAAAUGUCUGAGUCAUAUGACUGA